AUGUCGAAAAUGCAUACGAUCACAUUAUUUGCUUUGACAACAUUAAUGGCAUUGAUUACAAUAAGCUUACCUACAAAAAUGGAGGCUCUAAUCCCCUACAACAGACCUCUUUGGGACAUGAUGAUCCCCGCCGAAGACCCAUUCAAGAUUCUGGAACAUAACCCACUUCAUCUUCCGAAAAACCUUGAAACGAUCAACCUGGCACGAGCCGACUGGAAGGAGACAUCCGGACAUCACGAGAUAUCCUUGGAUGUACCUGGGUUGAAGAGAGAGGACAUAAAGAUCGAGGUGGAAGAGAGCAGAGUCUUGAAGGUGAGCGGAGAGAGGAAGGCUGAGGAGGAAGUCGACGGUGAUAAGUGGCAUAGGGCGGAAAGGACGAGUGGUAAGUUCUGGAGGCAGUUCCGGUUGCCCGGGAAUGUGGACAUGGAGAUGAUAAUGGCACAUCUUGAAGACGGUGUGUUGAAGAUCAAGGUUCCGAAGUUGGCUAACGAGAAGAAACAAUCUAGGGUUAUUGAUAUCGUGGGCCAAGAGAGCUCUGGUGGGGACAUUAAGGCAACGAAGACUGCUGCGUGA